AUGAAGAGUUUGAAGAUUGCUUUGUCUAAAUGGAGUAGGGAUACCUUUGGAGAUUUAUUUAAACAGUCAAAUAUAAGAGAUCAUAUAUUCAAGAUCAAGGAACAACUGUUUGAAGAAGAUUCUUCUGAGAUCAAUAGAAUGGUAUUACAAAGAGCACGGGCUGAAUUUAAAAAGUACCUUCAUUUUGAGGAAGAAUUUUGGAGACAAAAAGCAGGAAUUCAAUGGUAUUCAGAAGGAGAUAGAAAUACUACAUACUUUCAUAGUCUAGUAAAGGGAAGAAGAAAGAAAUUUCAGCUUAACAGAAUUCAGAAGGCAGAUGGAGAGUGGUUGGAAAAUGCUGAUCAGAGGGUCACUCAAGAUCAAAAUGUUGCAUUAUGUGCUAUGACAACUUUGGAGGAAGUGUUAGAUGCAGUCUUUGCAUUAUCAGGAGAUAGUGCAUAUGGCCCUGAUGGUUUCUCAGACUUGAGACCAAUCAGUCUCAGCAACUCCAUCAAUAAGGUUAUAUCCAGAGUCAUGCAUGAUAAGCUAGAAUCCAUUCUUCCUUCAUUAAUAUUAGUAAAUCAGUCUGGAUUUUUCAAAGGUAGGAACAUCAUUGAGAAUGUUUUUCUUACUCAAGAAUUAGUGGAUGAUAUCAGAAAAAGAGGGAAACCAGCUAAUGUGAUCAUCAAACUUGACAUGGCAAAGGCUUAUGAUAGAGUAUCUUGGAGAUAUCUUGCUCAAGUUCUUAGAAAAAUGGGAUUUGCUAAAGUAUAA